ACGUCACGCCGCGUCGUGUCGCGGUGCCUGUGGUAGCGACGCCGCCGGUUUGUCGGUGGGUGAAGAGGGAAGAUGGAUGCAGCAACCCUUACCUACGAUACUCUCAGGUUUGCUGAAUUUGAAGAUUUCCCUGAGACUACAGAGCCUGUCUGGAUAUUGGGUAGAAAAUACACCAUCUUCACAGAAAAAGAAGAGAUCCUUUCUGAUGUGACUUCUCGGCUUUGGUUCACCUAUAGGAAAAAUUUUCCAGCCAUUGGAGGAAUGGGCCCAACCUCAGACACUGGCUGGGGCUGCAUGUUGCGCUGUGGGCAGAUGAUCUUUGCUCAGGCCCUAGUCUGCAGGCACUUAGGCAGAGACUGGAGAUGGAAGCGAGGGAGAAGGCAGACAGACAACUACUCCAACGUUCUCAACGCCUUCAUUGACAAAAAGGAUAGCUACUACUCUAUCCACCAAAUAGCUCAAAUGGGAGUCGGAGAGGGCAAAUCUAUAGGCCAGUGGUACGGACCAAACACAGUCGCGCAAGUACUCAAGAAACUUGCUGUUUUUGAUACGUGGAGUUCACUGGCCGUCCACAUAGCGAUGGACAACACUGUGGUGAUGGAGGAGAUAAGGAGGUUGUGCAAGGCCAGUUCUCCAUGCCCAGAUGCCGCUGCAUUUCCUCCAGACUCAGAACUGCUCUCUAAUGGGUACCCGCCUGGAGCUGAGGUCACUGAUAGGCUGUCACAGUGGAAACCGCUGGUGUUGCUGAUCCCUCUCCGCCUUGGGCUUACAGAUAUCAAUGAAGCUUACACCGAAACUCUAAAGCACUGUUUUAUGAUGCCCCAGUCCCUGGGAGUAAUUGGAGGGAAGCCCAACAGUGCUCACUACUUCAUUGGAUAUGUAGGGGAGGAGCUGAUUUACCUGGACCCGCAUACAACCCAGCCUGCCGUGGAGCUGACAGAAGGUGGCGUUUUCCCUGACGAGACCUUCCACUGCCAGCACCCUCCAUGCCGCAUGAACAUCGGGGAGCUUGACCCCUCCAUUGCAGUGGGUUUUUUCUGCAAGACUGAGGAAGACUUCACUGACUGGUGCCAGCAAGUCAAAAAGUUAUCUCGAAUCCCAGGAGCCCUGCCGAUGUUUGAGCUGGUCGAACGUCAGCCUUCACACUUCUCAUGCCCAGACGUUCUGAAUCUCUCACUAGAUUCUUCCGAUGUAGAGAAACUGGAAAGAUUCUUUGAUUCAGAAGAUGAAGACUUUGAAAUUUUGUCCCUUUGAAAAGGCUAAGAAACUGACUUGCCUGAUCAUGUUGCGUGGGGGGUGGGGGGUGGGGAGGGAGGCCCCUCUGAGAGCCCGGCUCACCGGUUUUCACAGGCGCUUGAUGACAUCCCAGUGUUCCAUCCAUCCCGGCGUGCGUGCAGCCUCAGAGCAGAGGGUGCAUUGUCUGCGUUCUGUCCUUGGAUCAAGAAUAUGUUUUUAUGGAAGCCUUAAUGCUUGGAGUCAGGAUCCUCAGCACAAAACACUUUUUCAGGAAAUGGAGACAGUGGUGCCUCGAUGUCAAAAGGUCCCAUGUGUGAGGGGAGCAGAGCCAAGACUGUGAAGUGCAUUGAGCCUGGAGAAGGUCUCUCUCCCCAUUGGCCUGGCCCUCUUCAGCAGAUGAGCUCCUAUUCCACCUCCUAACGCUCUAAGCUUUUGGUUUGCUUUGAAUGUCAGUUCCUCUUUUUAGUUAUGCACACGAGCAAAGUAGGCUGGACAUCGCUCAAGUAGAAAUCUGCAGCCAGGCCGAGUGUAUUGUACCCAGAGUGGACUGGACUCUCACACUGAUUUUCACCUACUAUACCAGAGUGAUGCUGCUCUUGCUUCAUAUGCAGUGCUUUCUUACAGACACAUAAUUGUCUUUCUUUGUCUUCUUUAAACUUUAUCCUACCCCAUUAUUUUUAAGGGCUACCCUUGGGGGGUGGGAAUUGGACUGAUAGAAUUUUAUUAUACCAGGGUUUCUCAUUUUAAAAAAAAAAGUCAAAAUUGGCUAUUUUAAGACCACUAAACACACACUCCAAAAGAAAACCCCCAUAGUUGUGAAUAGUGUAUUUAAAACAAGAAUGAUUUCUGCCCCUGGCAAAGUGAGCAUGCCCAUGGGGUCAUAGAUAUAUAAGGGGUAAAUAUUCUGAGAGGGCGAUGCUGUUCUAGAAAGUUUUCAACAUCUAAAACCUCUGAGUGUGUCCAUCUCUCCAGUAAUACUGCAUCGCCAUUCAAGAGCUAGAGCAGAAUAACAGGCUGUUUUUCUAUGAGGGGGAAGCGAAUAAGAAAGAAACCUGUUUCUCCCAUUGAACCAAGAAUCAAACUAGCCUCUGACAGGUUACCUACCAUGGGCAGGUCUCAGCCAUCGGUGGUGUGGAAAGGCAUGAAGGAGAAAGGCAGGCUAAGCUGUGUGAUUUGCCCACUCCUACCAAGUCACGGCCAACAAACAGCAGUUCCUCUGUGGUUUCUGCACUCUGUGAAAUAGUACCUAUGAUGGCACUGGCUUUAUGCUGUUUUCAACUGAACAUUUUGGAGCUCAGGAGUCCAGUGCAAUGAUAAUUUUAGAAACUAAUGGCCAGUCACUGUCGUAGUUAUCCAGUAGUUUGGCCAGCUUGGGAUAUUCUCUAGGCCCGCCUGUUUGGUUUUCUUUUGCCAUUGGGGUCUAUGGUUGUCAUUCUAAUCUGCCCUGCUAUACAAAUUCUAACCACUCUAGUCCUUAACUUGCUGUCUCUUCAGCCCUGGUUCAGCAUAAAGCUGCCAUUUGUCCUGCAAGUGUUGUCAGUUCUUUAGGAAAUGUUUGAAGAAAGGGGGAGGGAGGGAUCUUUGUGGGCCAUCUGUUAAUCAUGCAUAUAGGGAAUGUGGGGGAAGUGGAUCUUCUAUGAGAAAAAAACCACCUUUACUAUACUUUUUUCUUAGGAAAGAGAAAUCAGUAUUUGCAAAGAUACUAAGUGCCCAGUUUUGCCGCUUUUUGACUCCUGUCCUUGGCCAAGUAAAGGGGAGUAAAUUGUUAGGAAGCACCUGAAUGUUCAGUUCCAUAAUGGCAAGGGAAAUGGACUCAGUAGUUUGACUCUAGUGCUGUGUGUCAUACCGAAGAGGCUCCAAGGCACCUUCCUGAAGAGGGGCCACAAGAAACCACUCCAUUUCCCUUCUUUUCCUAUCCAUUCCUUGUCUUUCACAUAUAUUUGGGGGUGGGUAAGGAGAGUGGGGUAAUUCUCCAUUUAGUGCUCUAUGUUUUUAUCUGAAUAAAUAACUGACAAGCUUCUUAAAAGCCCUUUUGUUUCUGAAACAUC